GGGAUGGGCGGGUCACGUGGUCUAGUCAAGAGAAACCUGGGGUUUAAUGUUACUGAAAUGGGAGAAACAAGAAGUGGGGAACGAAGCGAAGUGAAUAAGGUGAAUCUGCGUUCAUACAAGGUUUGCAUUCUGACCUGCAAGCCAAUGUAAGUCGUGUUGAGUGACUGCGUGUGAAAGAGGUAUUGAAGCUCCUUCUUUGGGACCAUCAGCAUCCUCAUGUCCUAUGGAGGAGGUUACCACGGACGCACUGAGCGUGUCCGCCAGUCGCCGCUUUAUGACCAGGUUCCCCAUGAGUCCUUACCCCUGGCCGAGUCGUACGACCUGCAGCCCCUGAAGGAGCAGAGGUCCCCACAUCUGGCCAAGAGCGCCGACCCUCUCCCUCCUCCGCCUCUGCCGGACCAGCCCCCUGUCGGCCCCGAGUUCGACCCCAGCAACAGCGAGGAGGACACCGACCCAGAGCCGGACCCCGCCAUUGACAUCAAGCCAGUCCACCGGUUCAUCCCCGACUCCUGGAAGAACUUCUUCCGAGGGAGCAACCGCAGCAGCAAGAAGGCGUGGUCCAUGCCUGAGUCCUCCAGCAACAACAACAACAGCACCACCGAGGGGGUGCGUUGCUCCCCGCCGCACUCCCCGUCCCUCCCCGGGUCCUACCGGGACCCGUAUGGCGGCUCCGGGAGCAGCUACAACUCCGGCAAGGAGCUUUUAAACGGACAGGACGCCCAUGGGUCGGUGUCGGGCCACACGCAGCACACAGCUCUGACCUACAGCGAGCGGGUGGAGGAGUACCACCAGCGUUAUGGCUACAUGAAGUCGUGGGCGGGGCUGCUGAGGAUCCUGGGCUGCGUGGAGCUGCUGCUGGGGGCCGCUGUGUUCGCCUGCGUCUGCGCUUACAUCCACAAAGACAAUGAGUGGUACAACAUGUUCGGCUACUCUUCUCCUGGAGGAGGAUACGGAGGAGGAUACGGAGGAGGAUACGGGGGAAUGUACGGAGGAUCGUACUACACCGGGCCCAAGACUCCGUUUGUGUUGGUGGUGGCGGGACUGGCCUGGCUGGUGACGGUGAUCCUGCUGGUGCUGGGGAUGACCAUGUACUACCGCACCAUCCUGCUGGACUCCAACUGGUGGCCCCUGACCGAGUUCGUGUUAAACCUGGCUCUGGCCAUACUAUACAUGGCAGCAGCCAUUGUCUACGUCACAGACACCAAUCGUGGAGGUCUCUGCUUCAACCCGGGCUUCAGCAACCCAGUAAAUGGGGCCUUCUGCAGAGUAGAAGCCGGUCAGACCGCCGCCAUCAUCUUCCUCUUCGUCACCAUGGUUGUGUAUCUGAUCGGGGCCAUCGUUUGUCUCAAGCUGUGGAGGCACGAGGCCGCCCGCAGGUACCAGGAGCAGCACGGCCAGCAGAUGGUGCCUUCUGAGAUGCAUGUUGUGCAGUCACUUGCGGUUCACGAUUCUGCUCCGGCCCCCAGAUUCCCAGAGCAGGUCCAAGGCUCCUCGGUUGUUCCCAUCCAAGCUGCACCCAAACCAUUUCCUCCAAAGGUCAUUCAGGGAGCCAUACCGUCAGGUCAUAUCCCGAAGCCGGUCAUUGUGCCUGAUUAUCUUGCGAAGUACCCAGUGAUCCGGUCUGAUGAAGAGCGGGACCAGUACCGAGCCGUGUUCAACGACCAGUACGCAGAGUACAAGGAGCUCCACGCCGACGUUCAGGCCACGCUGAAGAAGUUUGAUGAGAUGGACGCCAUGAUGCGCAGUCUGCCUCAGAACCCCAGCACCCAAAUGGAGGUGGAGCGCAUCCACAGGAUUCUGCAGGAGUAUCAGAAGAAGAAAAAUGACCCGACUUUCCUGGAAAAGAAGGAGCGUUGCGAGUAUCUGAAGAGCAAACUGUCGCACAUCAAACAGAGGAUACAGGAAUACGACAAAGUCAUGGAGUGGAACGACGGAUUCAGCUAAAGCUAGAGCUGCUGUCUGCGGCAGAGCGACUCCAGUGGUGGACAUGGGACUAAAGAGGCAAACGAAGCCGAUUAAAACGGAAAAAAGGCGCUAACAGCUACUGAGGCUUUUUUUUAAAAAAUCUGUUGUCUGUCAGAAGCGUUUUCAAAGCUUGCAAGUGGGAAAUGAAAGGGGCAAACAUGCUUCAUCAUUUCUGAAGAUGAUCAGAUUGGUUUUCAUGUGAUCGGCGAUCUCCUCAAAGCAGCUGGUCGCCGCGGCUACAUGUAACGGUAAACAAAAUCGCUGCAUCAGCACUUCUCAGAGCUUUUCUUCACUACAGUCAACUUAUUGAGUUAUUCAGAUACAUUUCACUGCAGUGUAGCGCACAGACACCAAAUAACAUUACACACCACGCAUGUGUGUGUGUUUAAAUUAGAUUUAACGAUAUCGUGUCUGGUAGCACUCCAAAGUGCUUUCUUACAGAUUAGGAGAGAUUGGGACUUGAUUUUCCCUUUUUAAAUUUUUAUUUUUAAUGAUUUAAAUGAGCAAAGUUCAAUAUGAGAAAAUAUAGAAGCUUCCAAUUACUUUUUUUUCUGACUUCCCAUAAUAAACAUGAUUUAUUUGUGCUGGGAAGACAAGUGACGCAACACUGCUGCAAAUCAGGGUUUUGCUAAUUGUUUUCAAACAAAGUUAAAAUGAUCAUAGAGUUGGUUCUGGAAACUUUAUUUUUAUACUCACAUUUACUGUGGUUACCAUUAUAACUAAACGGCCGUCUUCAAUUUGUCCCUGCAGCAUAAUAUAGUGCUGAUGCAGAUACACUUUCUGUAAAUUUCAUUCAUUUUUUCACUUUUUUUUAAUUUUAUUUUGACCAAUUUAUAUCUUCUUAAAACAAAAAUAUUAGGUAAAAAUAAAUAAAUCUCUUGCCAGCCAUUUUUAUUGCUUACAUUUUAACAUGAUGAUAAGUACCAGUGAGAAGAUACCUUUACAUUAAGCCUGACUAAAUACUGCAAGCUUUUGUAUUUUUGCUCUGAAUACACUACAAUAUUUUUUAGACCAACAAAGUAGAAAACAUUCAACCCAAAAUGUUUGUGAACCGUACGUCGUUGUUUUACGAAGACAAACGUCUCCAUUUCAGACCGCCGAGAGUUUCUUUUUCACCAUGUUUCAUUUAAAUAUUGCAGGUUUGAUUUAUUACCUAAACAGGUAAAAACUAGAAUUCACUAUAAAAUGUUUUUAUUACAAACAUAAUAAAAUAAUAACCAAUGAGUACUUUUAUCUUGGUGAUUUUGUUCCCCGGUGCAAAAAGUUUGGACAGUAGAGAAAGUAGAUCCUCGUCUUAGGGUUUCUAAAAUGGCCACCAAUGUUUCCAAAUUCACAAUAAACUUCAUUGUAGUAAGUUUAUUGCAGGACGGACUACCUUCCUGUAGUCCAUGCUGAAGUUCAAUUCUAAUGGUAAUAAACAAAAAAAAUAAGGAAUAUUAAAAGUAAUCUAUAACAAUUAUUGAAAAGUUGCUCUCCAUACAUAGAAACCAUUUAAUUGAAAUGUGUUGUGUUUUGUUUUUUAAUUUGCAGCUGUGAAGUCUGACUUGUUUUGAGGCAAAGCCUUUCUCAGGGUAUAAUAAUCUGAAAUAGUGCUGAUAGGAAGAAUUGCUUUGUUUCAAAGUCCGCCCAAGCACCAUGUGUGUGUCCUUGGGUGUGAACAAAUGUGAGGAAAAACCACAAACUCUUUGUUUAAAAGUGGUCUGAAUAUGCAAUUAUAUAAUACACAUACUGUAUAUUUACCCAAUUAACACUGUAGGACUGAUUGUAAAUGUAGCCAAACCGUAGAACUUCAGGAAACGCACUAUCAGGUGAAAAUGUUUGUGCUCAAUCACUGGGAGAUCUUUAAAAACAACAUUUGCUUUAUUCCUGUCAGUUUACCUCCUCUUCAUUUCUGUGGCAGUUUGUGUUGUCUGUUUAAAAAUGUGCUGCUUUAAAUGACUGUGGCACAAAACUUUUAACUUCUGGGAGGACUGUUUUUACUGCUACACUGUUCCUUUUCUUAAUGCAGCUCUGUCUUUUAAUGUGAAAUAUAUAUAUGUAUCUUGAACAUUUGAUGUCUAAUGCCGUUCUACCAUUUCAGAGAAUAAAAAUAAUAAAAGUUUUGUUCUUUUCCACUUAAAAAUAUCUUGCUUAUCUAUAUUUCUGUUCUUUUUAACAUUUUAAGCAUCUAUAGUUUUAAAAAAAAUAAAAAUGUUUAAAUGAAAAUGUAACUGUGAUGAUAAUGUGCGGUUCUCUAAUUAAAGUAACUACGUGGUGCCUUUA